AUGCCACCAUCGGCGGGCGAAGAGCGCCUUGUGACUGUUUUUGCGGAUAUCCACUACUACUUCGCGGAGCCAACCCGAAGACCUUCACCACAUCACCACCGCUUUGAUAAAGGCUCCUAUGUUUAUAUUUACCAUGAUGCCUUUCAGAACAAGGCCCGGAUGGAAAUUGCCAAUAACCCCGGUUCACCCGAGCAGGAUGCAUUCUGUGGAGGCUUGAGCAAUGUUCAUAUACGACACUCUGCUCAGUUCCCGACACUCUGUACGUUAACGGUUGAUGCACAGACGGGCUCGCCCCAACAGCAAUAUGGACAAGAUACUCUUCAACGAGAGUGGCGUCUGCCUAGCGGAGACCCACGCGAUAAUCCCAAGGAAAUUCGCGAUUUCCCUCGCCUGCAUACCUUGGAUAUCUACUUCUGGACCCAAGAAGAUGCAACCGAAUUUCUGGACACUGUCAUCCGGCUUCUAUCCAAUGGCCAGGUGGAGACAGAUCGAGAGCCAGCUCCGCAACAACAACAAACUAUGAGCUCUGUAGUCCAGCAACUCGAGGCCGUCGCAGUCUCCGACCCUGCCUACCAGAACGGUCAAACACGCAACUCGCAAUCUGAGCCAACAAGCGCAGCGGCACCACGCUGGGUCUACACCCGCCGAGGAAAGAAAGACCCAGCUAGCUUCGCUCCGCUCCCAUACAAUCCAGCCGCCCCAGCCGCCCCAGAGCCAAUCCAACACCGCGAGAAGACCCCGCCGCCAGAGGACGGGAUGGGCGGCACCGGCCUUGCAGCCGCUGUGGCAGCCGACAACGGCAUACCUUAUACGCCCCCGCACCAAAUGAUGGGGGGCGCAAGUGUCGGCGGACUUGCAUCCCCGCCCCCAUCAACACCGGGGUUGCAAUACGCAGGCCCUCCAAUCGCAGCACCGCCAACAUUCGCCUCCCCUCCGCCGAGUGCAGGACUACAACAUUCAAGCACUUUCCCCAUUGCCCGAUCCUCAGUCCACAGCCCCGGAAUUCCUGUCCCUUCAUACUCGCAGCCGUUCGUCGGCGGGCAGGGACCUCAACAGUACAGCGCAAGCCGGCAAGGUUCAAUGUCCUUCGCUCCGCCGCCGCAGGAUCCGAAUGCCCAUCUAUAUGACCAGCAUGCCUAUGGGGGUGCCCAGCCCAGACGCCGCCCCAGCGGGUUCUCGAACCAGUCGUAUGACCAGACUCAGGCGCAGCAGCAGCAGCAGCACCAGCGUGCUGGCUCUGAAUAUGAUAUCCAUAGCCAGUUGUAUAGACCCACUGAAGUGGAGGCUAGCUCUCACUAUCAGAAAUAUGCACAGAAGGCCAUGAAGAAUCCUGGACAGCGGCCGAGGAAAUUGGAGGAUAGAGCAGAGCGGUUGGAAGGUGGUAUGAAUAGGUUCCUGAAGAAGCUUGAGAGGAAACUUUGA